UAUUUUACUUGUCAUUGGCUGUUCCUCUAUCGCUGGGUAAAGUACGUUUCGCCGUUGAAAUGGCGUUUGCUGCAGGGCCGAAAAUCCCAAUUAUUACCAGGCUUUCGUCUAAGGUCAUCCGGAUACUGGGGUGCAACCCAGGUCCCAUGACGUUACAGGGGACAAACACAUACCUUUUGGGGACGGGCACGAAACGAAUUCUGAUAGAUACUGGAGAUCCAGACAUAGCCGAAUAUAAAGAAAGCUUGAAAGAUCUUUUGACUAAAGAAAAAUCAACAAUUAAUCAUAUUUUGAUUACACAUUGGCAUCACGAUCAUGUCGGUGGUGUGAAGGACGUGCUUGAUCUGGUCGAUAAAGAGUGCAAAGUCUGGAAAUAUCCCCGCACAGAUGCUCCUGAUGUAUGCCCUGAAGUUCCAGACAAUAUAAAAAUUUCUAAACUGGAAAAUAGUCAAAUUUUCGAUGUUGAAGGUGCUUCUGUGAAGAUUGUACACACACCAGGCCAUACAACUGAUCACGUUGUGCUCACGAUGGAAGAGGAUGGCGUCUUGUUUAGCGGGGAUUGCAUUUUAGGUGAAGGAACAGCAGUAUUUGAAGACCUCCAUGAUUACAUGCGCAGCUUAAAUGUAAUUUUGGGUAUUAAACCGAAAGUUAUAUAUCCUGGCCAUGGCAAUAUUAUUGAGGAUCCUGUACCCAAAAUACAGUUCUACAUUAACCAUCGAAAUCAACGAGAAAAGCAAAUUUUAGAUGUCCUCAUACAAAACAAAGGUAAAAAUUUUACAGAAAUGGAUCUAGUUGAGGUCAUAUAUAAAGACACACCAAGCAAUUUAUGGAAAGCUGCCGCGUAUAAUGUAAACCAUCACUUGAAGAAGCUGGUGAAGGAUGGACACAUUGUCGAAUCACAAAGGGAUAAUGCAUCGGUCUGGUCUUAUGCACAAGAAAAGUCUUCUUUGUAACGAUUGCAGUAACUCAAAUCAGUGUAAAUGAAUUGACUAAACCAUAAAGUGUAUUUGCCAAAUUUUGUUGAAAUAAAUAUGUUUUCAUAUGUA